AUGAAGAGGACCGGUGAAUGCCACAGUGCGCGUUUCAUCGCGUUUGCGUCUCUUCUGUUCGUUGUUCUCGUCGCUGAAGCGGCGGUGCUCGAUCGUCAAAAACGAGAAUUUGUUAUUCCAGACUGGAUCGAGAUCGUGGACGAACCUGCCGCAGAAAAUUCAAAAACGAUUCAAAGGGCGGUUCGAGUGAGGGACGCGAAGGUAACAUACGAUGGCGCACAGGUUUGGAGGAUUCAGGCAUCCGAGGCGCAGAAGGACUUGGUAUCGAACGUGACCAUGGACUGUCAGGAGGCUGGAUUACUCUCGUUAUGGACUGGAAAUGACACAGCAGUGGACGUAAUGGUUCGUUCGGAAGAAAUUUCAAGAGUGUCUCGCUACUUGAAACAAAAAGAUCUACAAUAUCAAGUAGUGAUCGAGGAUUUGCAGAAAGCCAUAGACGAAGAGAAUCCAUCGCUUUCCGAGGAGGAGAUGGACGAACUGGAAGGUCGCAAAGGUCAUCGAAUGGAAUGGACCAGUUAUCAUCGACUUGAGGACAUCCAUGGAUACCUUGAUUACCUCGCUGAGACUUUUCCCGACGUUUGUUCUGUUGUCAGCAUUGGUAAUUCUGUCGAGGGCAGACCUCUUAAGGUUUUAAGAAUCAGCAAUGGAAAAGCAAACGCCCCAGCAUUGUGGAUCGAUGGAGGCAUCCAUGCUCGAGAAUGGAUCUCACCAGCGGCAGUGACUUACAUUAUCAAUCACUUGGUUGAAAAUAGCGAGGAUCUCGAGGCUGAUUAUUAUAUUCUUCCGGUGGUAAAUCCUGAUGGGUACGAGCACACGUUCACGAGAGACCGUUUAUGGAGAAAGAACAGGAGAAGGUCUGUUGGUAGUCUGUGCACCGGAGUCGAUCUUAAUCGGAACUUUGGUUAUCGGUGGGGUGGCUUGGGAACUAGCAAAGAUCCUUGUCGUGAAAUUUAUGCAGGCUCUGGACCGUUCUCUGAACCGGAAACCAACGCCAUUCGAUACUUUUUCGAAGCUAGCGCUGCUAAUUUUAAAGCAUAUCUAACGUUCCACAGUUAUGGCCAAUACAUUUUGUACCCAUGGGGUUACGAUAAACGCGUUCCACCUGAUUAUGCCGAUCUUGAAAACGUUGGCAGAGAAAUAGCGGCAGCGAUGAAAAAAGCAGGGGGUGCCAAUAGCGUUUACACGGUUGGAAACAGUGCUACUACCCUCUACGCAGCUUCCGGUGGCUCCGAUGAUUGGGCCAAAGCUAUUUUGAAAAUGAAAUACACUUACACGAUAGAAUUGAAAGACACUGGAAAAUAUGGUUUCGUUUUACCAGCUCAUUAUAUAAUUCCAACAGCUAAGGAAGCGUUGGCCGCGGUCAUGGUCGUUACGGAAGCUUGCAAAUUGUUGUAACCAUUGACACGUGGCGUAAUUGUAUAAAUAUAAGUUGAUAUCGGUUGUUGUGUGUACGGUAUAUCUGUGUAUUGUAAUUAUUAGCGGAUAAGACGAGUGAUAAUUAACGAAUGAUUAUUUAUUGAAUAAAACAAAUUAA